AUGCCCCGUCGCUCUUCCACUGCUCCCUCAGUGCCCGUGGUAGCCACCAUCGACAUCGGUACUACUUCGGCAAGAUGCAUUUUGUUUGCCAAAGACGGCACGGAGGUGGCAAAACACCAGAUCGAGUACUCGACCUCGGCCUCGGAAGCUCCAGCCGAAUCACUGAACACUGAUCAAUUUCGGCGCAGAAGUUCGCUCGCUCGUCACAACGACCCGAUUUUCACUGCUGAGGGUGUGGCAAUUCUGAUUUCUGACCAUGUUGAAAUCGAAAACAACGCCGCUUCAGUCGGUCCCACCUUACGCUUUCCUCAACCUGGAUGGGUCGAAUGUAUGCCCGUGCACAUCUUGGCCAAUGCCGUGCAGUGUCUUGUGGCAUGUCUCAUCACGUUGCGGAAGAUCAACCAAAACCCAGACUUGAAGAUCAAGUAUAAGGUCAAGUGUAUUGGUAUUGCCAACAUGAGAGAGACUACCAUUGUAUGGAACAGAAAGACUGGAAAGCCAUUGAGCAACGGUAUCACAUGGACAGACACUAGAACGGCUGAGAUCGUGCAACAUUUGGAGAAUAUGACUGACCAGGAGUUGAAGGACGAGAUGCGUGAGAAGACCGGGUUGCCAUUGUCCACGUAUUUCAGUGCUGCCAAAUUGAGAUGGCUCUUGGAUAACGACGACGUGAUCCGUGAGGAGUAUGAGAAGGGUGAGAACUUGAUGUUUGGAACUGUUGAUACCUGGCUUAUCUAUCACUUGACUAAGGAGAAGGCGUAUGUGACAGAUGUGACCAAUGCAUCCAGAACAUCAUUUAUGAACUUGGAAACACAAGACUACGACGAGGAGUUGCUUGACUUUUGGGGCAUUGAUCCUGACAAAAUCAGCUUUCCUAAAAUUGUUUCGAGUUCCGAAUUCUACGGUCUGUUUGUUGCUCCCAACUUAUCCAACUUGGGUUUCCACAACAAAAUCACCCAGGAGGCUUACGAUAUGUUGAAAACCAUUUACAAUGUUCCAAUCUGUGGCUGUCUUGGUGACCAGUCAGCUUCGUUGGUGGGACAAAUGGCAGUGACCCCGGGCUCUGCAAAAUGUACCUAUGGAACAGGUUGUUUCCUCUUGUACAACACGGGAGUGAACAAGUUGAUCUCGCAGAACGGAAAUCUUACCACGCUCGGCUUUUGGUUUCCAACCCUUAAUGGUGACGACGGUAAGCCCCAUUUCGCGUUGGAAGGUUCCGUGGCGGUGGCUGGUUCCAUUAUUCAGUGGUUGCGUGACAACUUGAAGCUCAUUGAAAGUGCCAAAGAUAUUGGUCCUUUGGCCUCACAGGCAGAUACCGCCGGUGGAGUGGUAUUUCUCCCAGCAUUCUCUGGUCUCUACGCUCCAUACUGGGACCGUGGAGCCCGUGGUACCAUCUUUGGUAUGACACAGUACACUACGGCAGCCCACAUUGCUCGUGCUGCCUUGGAGGGUGUGUGUUUUCAAGUGAGAGGCAUCUUGCGUGCCAUGGCAGAGGAUGCUGGCGGCGCCAAGGAUUUCUUGGAAGAAGCUCUUAGCUCUCAGCACCAGGAUAAGCUUUUGUCAACUUUGGCCGUGGAUGGAGGUAUGUCUAAGGCUGAUGAGGUGUUGCAGAUCCAAGCAGAUAUUUUGGGGCCGUGUGUGACAGUCAAGAGAGCAGAUAAUGCAGAGUGUACAGCAUUGGGAGCUGCUAUUGCUGCCGGUUUGGCAUUCAAAGACGAAAACGAGAGAGUUUGGAAGGAUUUCGAUGAUGUGGUUUCUAGUCUUUCCAGCGAUGAUGAUCUGGCCAAUAUUUUCAGCGCAAAGCUUCCUGACGACGAGAGAAGAAAGAACUGGAGAAGAUGGGAGCGUGCUGUGGAUCGUGCCAAGGGCUGGUUGGAUGAGGACUAG